CCGACGAAUUAUAUCGCGCUGCCGUGUCAUUGCUUCGAUCUCUCAAAAUAUCCAAAAAAAAAUUACCAACGAGCAAUGAAUUUGGAGAAGAACCAAGCAUUCCACUUUUUUUGUAUAGAUCUCUGGAUCGAUUAAUAUUUUCUCUAUCUGGUAUACACCUGCCAAUUACAGACAAUUUGGAUAUUGGAAAGCAAUCUAACGCAAGAAUUAAAAAUCCGAAAUUGAUCAAGGCGGUGGAAUUUCUAGAGAAAGCUGCUUUUGAUUAUGCACAUGAUGAUGCCUUGUUUACCCUCGGAGAGAUGAACUUUUUAGCAAAGUAUAGCCACCCACGUAACUUAACCGCAGCUUUUCAUUAUUAUCGAGAAUUGGCGAAUAGAUCUGGAAACGCAACGGCACAGCAAAUGAUUGGUUUCAUGUACGCGACUGGCAUUGGAAAUGUAGUUGAGCGAGACCAGGGGAAAGCCUUACUUUACCAUACUUUUGCAGCACUCGGGCAUGACACCGCCGCUGAGAUGACAUUAGCUUACCGACAUUUCACAGGUAUCGGUGUACCGCGUAGUUGCGAAAAUGCAGUACUUCAUUAUAAGCGAGUCGCAGAUAAAGCAAUUAAACAUUACAGAUCGGGACCACCAGGUGGCCGACAACUUCCCUUGUACAAAAUAAAGUUGUAUGAUGAGGAUGGUGGCAUUUAUGGAUAUGGGGCUAGUGGAACUGGAAGCUCUUCAAAGCCUGGAGAUCAGGCUGCUUUGGAAGACAUUUUGGAGUAUUACCGUUAUUCAGCUGAUCGAGGAGAUAUGACAUCUCAGCUUGUUUUGGGACAACUCUAUUAUCAAGGAACACGUAAUAUUCCUCAGAAUUUUCCUCUUGCAUUGCGUUAUCUUCAACAAGUAGCAAGUCAAUAUUGGAAGUCAGAUAACACUGUAGUUGAUCCUUCUUCAAAUUCAAAACUUGCUCAGGCGGCAGGUCAAGCUGCUGGAAUAUUGGGUCAAAUGUACCUUCGCGGUGAAGGAGUCAAACAAAAUAAUCAAACGGCUAAAAAAUGGUUUGCGAGAGGUGCUCAGCUGCAUAACCCUGCUUCUUAUAAUGGUCUUGGCUUAAUGUACUUAGAAGGCAUAGAAUUUCAGCAGAGUCCAGAAAAGGCAAUCGAAUUCUUUAAAAGUGCUGCUGAGGCUGAAUAUCCUGACGCUCAAGUAAAUCUAGGUUUAAUGUACUAUCAAAAAAAAGAUACUCAGAUCGCCUUCAAUUAUUUUCACAAAGCUGCUAAUAGUGCGCAACAUCUCUUAGCUUGCUACUACUUGGCCGAAAUGUAUGCAGAAGGUUUAGGUGUGGAACAAUCAUGUGCAAUGGCAGCCGCAUUUUAUAAAAAUGUCGCUGAACGAGGUGAUUGGUCUCACUCACCAUUCUCUUCGGCACAUGCGGCUUAUGCAGCUGGUGAUAGAGAUGGUGCUUUAAUAUAUUACCUAAUGGGAGCUGAAAGAGGUUAUGAAGUUGGGCAAUCAAAUGUCGCAUGGUUGUUGGACAAAGACAAGUCAUGGUGGCAUCUGCCACAGUUAGUUUCAAGUUCUGAUAUAUCACGAGAAAAGUUGGCGCUUCUUUACUGGACUCGAUCUGCUAAUCAAGGAAACGUUGAUGCACGAGUCAAAAUGGGAGAUUAUUAUUUUAAAGGUUUUGGAACUGAGGUGGACUAUGAAAAAGCUGCUGCAUGUUACCAAGUUGCUGCAGAAGCAAAUCUUAAUUCUAUGGCUAUGUGGAACUUGGGAUGGAUGCAUGAGAAUGGCAUAGGAGUUGUCAAAGACUUCCACCUCGCGAAAAGGUGGUAUGAUCAGUCCUUAUCGAAUAAUCCAGAUUCAUAUCUCCCGGUUACACUGUCAUUAAUAAAUUUAAACGUGAAGCGAAUAUGGAAUUAUUUAAUAGGUGUUGAUGUUGGAAAUGACGAUAAGGUAUCCGAUGGAUGGUGGAAUGAUUCACCCUUUGAUGGUGAAGGAGACGAAACAGGUGGUUCGAUAGAACAGGUGCAAGCAAUAUCGAAUGAAGGCUCUAACUCAAAAGAUUCA